CCAGUCCUCGGUGACGUCGAGGCCAACGCAGUUGCCUCCGGCACACUGCCAACGCGGGUAAUCGAAGCGGCGACGGCGGGCGACACAGCGACGAUAGGCUCGUGGCUCGCCGAUGACCGCUGCGUCGUGGAUGCGUGUGCUGCGAGCGACGGCUGCACGGCGCUACAUGCCGCCGCCCGCGCUGGCCACGUUCCAAUCAUACGGAUGCUGCUGGAGGCCGGCGCCGACGCGCUGGCCGUGGACACGGCGCAGCGGACGCCGCUGCACCACGUGGCCGUAGCCGGCCACGGCAUUUGCGUCAAGGCGCUCCUCGACGCCGGGAGCGAUCCCGAGGGUGCCGACGCAGACGGCAAGACGCCGAUGGACCUGGCAGCGGAGGCGAAGCACAUGGGCUGCCUGCGCAUGAUGCGGCUGUGGCAGGACCGCAAGAUGGUCACGGGAGGAGGCUUCCGCCGCGCGGGGACGCGCAAGGCGGACGGGGACGUCGAUUCGCCCUGCUGAGCGGCGGACGGCGGCCGCCUCGUCCCGCUCCCUGCUUCCAUCUCGGAGGCGCCACCAGCGCAGCUCUCCAGGGUGAGAGUGUGCAGUCUGCAGUCGCGAUUCAGUUCCUCGCGCGACGCCACCAGCCCCCGGACUGAGCGCCUGCGUUGCAUAUGUAUCAGUCGCCCAAUGUUGCAACAUGGAGAUUCGAGAUGGAACCCGGACGCGCGGGCGGUGUGUUGGCGACACCCCGCUUCCCCGGGCGCGGCUGGUUCGUCGGGGCGGGCGCGGUGUCCUGUCGGUCUCGUCGCGCGCGGCGCGCUGAUCUAUUUUAAAUUAUAGAAAA